AUGGGCCUGCUAGCCAAACUUUCCGAAACACUGGGCUUCGCGGCCAGUCCUCCAGUACCCUCCGGGAGCAGGAAGCGCAAAGAUCGCGACGAUAGUAGCGAAGAAGAACGGAGUUUCCAAGCAAAGCGCAGGCGUUAUAGUGAUGGCGACUAUCUCAGCUCACCCUACGAUGCUCCCCCGUCUGCUCCUGUGGUCGGCACGAUCCGCUUGAAUGCGAUUGCUGCAGAGCCAUGGGCGACGCAUGGUAUGUCGAAUGAAGAGAAGUGGGUUUCUAAGCCGAAUAAACGCGCUUUCGAAAUCGCAGCCAACUCUUCCGACCCCAAGAGGGCGGUUCGGCUUUCAGUCAAAGAGCCUGAAUAUGCGCUACGCGAUAUGGAGAUUCGAGAUGGAUUAUUCCAGCUCACGGAUCUGCUGCAGGAGUUUGUAAAGGCUUACUUCAAGUUCAAAAUCAGUGGCAAGCUUUCUCCAAGCUUCUUCGAGCAGUUUGAGCCGGAGACUGCCAAGGUCAUUGGCUGCGUGGCAUCUGGUGGGCCUGGUGGUGUUCAAGGGUGGCAUGAGAUGUUUACCGAUCAACUGAAGAGAGAGAUGCUAGUAAUGGCGAUUAUGGGAAAUGUGCUUGUGGAACAGGUCUUCCAGCACAUCUUCUUCGGGGGGUUGCCGAAACACGUGGAGAUCAUGACGGAACUGCAGAAGACCCACAGAGAUGAAGACGGUCAGUAUCGCUUCGACCGCAACAAAGUCUACGCACUGGGAGCGCGUACCUUCAUGCACAGCCGGCUCUCCGAUGGCAUCGACCUCCCUGCCAACUUCGCAAACCACGUCAACCGCAUCGUCGGCACCAUCUAUACCCACACCAAGCCCAUCCUCGCCCUCAACCCUGCUUCACCAAAGCAUGAGACUAUCAUCCCCGCGCUCCACACGAUCGUCACACACGCCGGCAUUCUCAGCCUGUCGAUGCGCCUCGACCCACACACAGUCUACCACUUCGUCCCGGUCUUCAAAGAAGACGAGUUCACAUCCGAACGCAUGGAAUGUCUCAACCAUGUGCAAAUGCAGCAGACUAACCCGCGCACACCGGAUGAUGCUGAGGGUCUUACCAGAGCUGAAACACAGCGUCGAGCAAAUCUCUCACCCGCGGAGAAGAAUCGCGCGCAAAACGACGAUCCACUCACGCAAAUCACAAUCUUGGACGGCGUGACGGCGUACCGUCAAGGCGGGUGGGAAGCGCAGGACAGCACGCUUUCAAACGUCAAGUUCGAAAAGCAAGAGUUUGAAAACAGGGGUGUGCGGGUGAGGAAAUUGACGGAUGCGUUGGUGUAUUGUCGCUGGGGAAGGGCGAGGCGGUUUAAGAGUGGGAAGGGGGACGAUGUUGCUACGCAGCAUGGGGAUGCGUGGAAGGGCGGGUUUGUAGAGUUUGCGCGGGUCAAGGGGGUAGGGGAUUGGAUUGAGCACGAGAGGAAGAUGGCGAAGGGAAAGGGAAAGGCGAUGCAGGCUACGGAAGAUGACUUGCAGGCAGCAUUGGCUGAGGAAAGUGAGGUGUAG